GCCAAGUUGGGCUUCGAAUGUUUUCACUUAUUACCUUACUAGUACUACUUUGAGCGCUAUGAGCAGCACCAUUCCCAAGCGCGUAUUGAUCACUGGAGCCGGUCGAGGCAUUGGUCUGGCCUUCGCCAAACAUUUUACUGCCAAGGGGUGGCAUGUAGUCGCGGGAGCGCGCACGCCGUCGGCAGAGCUGCUCGAUCUGGGAGUGGAAUCGUUGGUGUCGUUGGACGUUGCGUCGGAAGACUCUGUCAAAGAGGCGGCGCAAUCCGUGGGUGCAUCCACUCCAAUCCACCUGGUCAUCAACAACGCAGGCGUAUUCACACCCGACACGUUAAAAUCUGCGACAAAGGCCAAUUUGAUGCGACAAUAUGAAGUGAACGCGGUCGGCCCGUGGCUCGUGUCCCGGGCGUUCUUGCCCAACCUGGAGCUAGCCGUCAAGCAAUCCAAUGUGGCGGUGGUGGCGCAGUUGUCAGCUCGCCUCGCUAGCCUUGGGUUGUCAGGCGAGGCUGGCUCAUUCCCGGGUCUGUACGGCUACCGGACUUCGAAGACGGCGUUGAACAGCCUCACAAGAACCCUAUCGCUGGACGUCAAGGCAAAGGGACUGGUGUGUGUGUUGCUACACCCAGGGUUUGUCAAGACCGACUUGUCUGGCCACAAGGGCAAGUACACUGCAGACCAAAGCGUCGCCAAGAUGGUGGACAUUCUCGCCAGAGUCACCGCCGCGGACAAUGGCAAGUUCUACGACAUUGACGGAUCUAUUGUACCAUGGUAGAGUAUUGUUCGCAGUCAAAACUAUACAACUCACGUUAAGACGCCCCCUACUCCCUGUUGCUAUACAUAUGAGUUGUCAUUGCUGCAGGAGAUUCAUUGAACAUAUUAUUGUGGAUUCGGU